AUGGCUUCCAAUCUACCUGCUCAGGCAAAUCUCCGAGUCACGAUUAUUGCGGCGGACGGUCUCUACAAACGCGAUGUCUUCCGCUUUCCUGAUCCAUUCGCCGUAGCUACGGUCGGCGGCGAGCAAACUCACACCACCUCCGUGAUUAAGAAGACUUUGAACCCUUACUGGAAUGAACCUUUCGACUUGAAGGUGAACGAGGACAGCAUUCUUGCAAUCCAGAUUUUCGACCAGAAGAAAUUUAAGAAGAAGGAUCAGGGCUUUCUCGGUGUCAUCAAUGUUCGCAUCGGCGAUGUCAUUGAUCUUCAGAUGGGAGGUGAUGAGAUGCUCACUCGCGACCUCAAAAAAUCCAAUGAUAACCUCAUUGUCCAUGGCAAGUUGAUCAUUAAUCUUUCAACAAACCUUACUACCACCCAUCCCAAUCAGAAUGGCGGUUCUCAGCGCCCGCAAAACGCCCAAGCCUCAACCUCUAGUGGUCUCGUCCCGCAAGUCGUAUCGCCGACUCCCUCAUCGCAGGCUGGUCCUAGCCAAAGUGAUGGACAAAUGGCUGCGGCUAUGUCGAACCUGUCGUUGAAUAACCGCACCCCUUCGACUUCUGGCGGGCCGGCCGCCUCUCCCGCUUUGAACGGCUCCGCCGCUCCCCCUAGUGCUAGUGCUGCGUCUCGAACCAACCUCAGUUCGUUUGAAGACAGCCAGGGUCGCCUGCCCGCAGGUUGGGAACGACGAGAGGAUGGCUUGGGUCGCACCUACUACGUGGAUCACAAUACACGCACCACUACUUGGUCGCGGCCUUCGGCUAACUACAACGAAUCCGCCCAUCGAAGUCAGCGUGAGGCAAAUAUGCAGCUCGAACUUCCCCCCAAUUUGCCGGAUUCCCAGCAGCCACAAACACCACCCCCUGGUGUUCAAGUUCCUUCCGCAGCGCCUCCAUCUGCCGCUGCCCCAGGAUCCCACGCAAAUGCUGUUUCGAUGAUGGCAACGGGGGCCACCACUGCAGGCACUGGUGAGCUUCCACCAGGAUGGGAACAGCGAAAUACCCCUGAAGGUCGGUCAUAUUUUGUUGAUCAUAAUACCCGCACCACAACAUGGGUCGACCCCCGUCGCCAGCAGUAUAUCCGUAUGUAUGGCCAGAACCAGAACCAGGGUGGAAAUAAUACUACGAUUCAGCAACAGCCUGUCUCUCAACUGGGCCCUCUGCCCAGUGGAUGGGAAAUGCGUCUGACGAACACUGCUCGUGUUUACUUUGUGGACCACAACACCAAGACCACGACUUGGGAUGACCCUCGUCUGCCUUCUUCGUUGGAUCAAGGUGUUCCACAGUAUAAGCGUGACUUCCGCCGCAAGCUUAUCUACUUCCGGUCUCAACCUGCUCUGCGGAUUAUGUCCGGACAAUGUCAUGUUAAGGUCCGCCGUAAUAAUAUAUUCGAGGACUCGUACGCCGAGAUUAUGCGACAGAGUGCGUCCGACCUGAAGAAGCGCUUGAUGAUCAAGUUCGACGGUGAAGACGGUCUUGACUACGGUGGUCUUUCUCGUGAAUUCUUCUUCCUCCUUUCCCACGAAAUGUUCAAUCCUUUCUACUGUCUCUUCGAAUACUCCGCCCACGAUAAUUAUACCCUGCAGAUUAAUCCCCACUCUGGUGUCAACCCCGAGCAUCUCAAUUAUUUCAAGUUCAUUGGCCGAGUUGUUGGCCUGGCCAUUUUCCAUCGUCGUUUCCUAGAUUCAUUCUUCAUUGGUGCAUUCUACAAGAUGAUGCUCCGCAAGAAGGUUACCCUGCAAGAUAUGGAAGGUGUGGAUGAAGAUCUCCAUCGCAACUUAGCAUGGACUUUGGAUAAUGAUAUCGAAGGUAUUAUCGAGCUUACAUUCUCAGUCGAUGAUGAGAAGUUCGGUGAGCGUCGCACCAUUGACUUGAUACCCGGUGGUCGGGAUAUCCCCGUCACCAAUGAGAACAAGCCACAAUACAUUGAGUUGGUUACCGAGUGGAAGAUUAUGAAGCGGGUGGAGGAACAAUUCAAUGCUUUUAUGUCUGGAUUCAACGAAUUAAUUCCCCCUGAUCUUGUUAAUGUGUUUGAUGAGCGAGAAUUGGAGUUGCUUAUUGGUGGUAUUGCCGAUAUCGACGUGGACGACUGGAAGAAGCACACCGAUUACCGCGGUUACCAGGAGCAGGAUGAAGUUAUCCAAAACUUCUGGAAGAUCGUUCGCACAUGGGAUGCGGAGCAGAAGUCUCGUCUGCUUCAGUUCACUACUGGAACCUCCCGUAUCCCUGUCAACGGUUUCAAGGAUCUCCAAGGUUCCGAUGGACCUCGACGAUUCACUAUUGAGAACUUCAACCGUCUUGAUCUGCCACCUUACAAGACUCACGAGGCCCUGGAACAUAAAAUGUCCAUCGCCGUGGAGGAGACCCUUGGAUUUGGACAGGAAUAG